GUCAUGUUCUGUACAAUUAUCCGGUAUUGAAUAUUUCUUUACGUGUUGCGAUUGUGCGAAUUGUCAUUUAUCCUCAAGACAUCGUGGAGUCUGAAAACACCACGUCUACACGAACAAUUCAACUCAAAAUGACCACAUCACGAUCGCGCACGUCGUCGGCAGACGAGAGGACUCCUCUGAUUCCUCGACCGGCUCAAUCCCCGCCGGAGUACCGACAAUGGGCGACGGAAAUGUGGUUUCUGACCAAGGCGUCCAUCCCGGUCAUCUUGGCGUACAUGCUCCAAAACAGCCUGCAGACGAUAUCGGUGCUUGUGGUCGGACGUCUGUCUCCUGAGGCAUUGGCCACGGCUGCCUUUUCGUACAUGUUUGCCAUGGCCACGGCUUGGCUCAUUGCUCUCGGCGGAACGACUGCUCUCGACACGUUGGCUUCGACCAGCUUCACGGCGUCCAAAGACAAGCGAGACCUGGGCAUUCUUCUCCAGAGAGGCAUGUUUGUCCUGACGGGUUUCUAUGUGGUUGUCGUUGCCAUCUGGUGUGUUUCCGAGCACAUUUUUCGACUUCUCGGCCAGGAGGAAUUCAUCUGCGUCCAGAGCUCCAGGUUCCUGCAACUGCUGGCUCCCGGAGGCUUGGGAUACAUCUGGUUCGAAUGCAUGAAGAAAUACCUCCAAGCACAAGGAAUCUACCGACCGGGCACCUACGCCCUCCUCAUCACGUCGCCUCUCAACGCAUUCCUCAACUACCUCUUCAUCUAUCCGCUGGGCUUUGGCCUGUACGGCGCCCCGCUGGCAACUGGCAUCUCCUACUGGCUCUCUUUCUUCCUGCUCGUUGCCUACGCGGCAUUCGUCCAGGGAAAAGAGUGCUGGCCUGGGUUUGCUCCGAGACGCGCACUCACUCACCUGGGGCCGUUUGCCAGACUUGCGUUCCUGGGCGUCAUCCACGUCGGGACCGAGUGGUGGGCGUUUGAGAUUGUGGCUCUCGCUGCUGGUCGUCUUGGGACGAUUCCUCUUGCCGCGCAGUCGGUCGUCAUGACGGCAGACCAAAUCAUCAACACGAUUCCGUUCGGUCUCGGCGUGGCUGCAUCCGCACGACUGGGCAACCUGCUCGGAGCUCGCGAUGCUCUCGGCGCGAGGCGAUUAGCGCAUUGCGCGGCUGUGCUGUCUGUAAUGUUCGGCACCGUGAUCCUGACCAUCCUGCUCUCGACCAAAAACGUCAUCGGGCGGCUUUUCAACGACGACGUCGAGGUCGUUUCGCUGGUUGCGCACAUCAUGCCCUACGUAGCCCUGUUCCAGAUCGCCGACGGGCUCAACGGCAGCUGCGGGGGAGCCCUCAGAGGCAUGGGACGGCAAUGGAUUGGCGCUCUUGUAAACUGCAUUAGUUACUACGGUGGCGCUCUGCCUGCGGGCGUAUACCUCGCGUUCCACGGAUGGGGGCUGCCCGGGUUGUGGAUGGGACAAUGCGUAGCGCUCUCUCUCGUUGGCAUCCUCGAGUGGAUCAUUGUCGGCAUGAGCAAUUGGGAGACGGAAGUGCGCAAGGCAUCAGACCGACUAGCAGACGGCGGCAUGGGAGAGUCGAUUGACGGCGACGUUGAAGGCGACGUUGAAGUUUAGAUAGCCUCAAUCCCACCCACCCAAUCCCAAAAUGGCAUCUUUUCCGGAUAACACCUCAUGCAACUAACGAGUCCUGACUCCUGCGAGUCUCGGCACUUGACGUUAUCUUG